AUCUUCCAUUCUAAGUGAAGGGGUACUGCGCGAUCAAAUUCUCAUUCGCGGCAAAUAAUUCUUCCCGAAGGCAGGAUUUGAUAGAUGCUAAUGGAGAGGCAGGGUGAAGAUGACGUCCAUGACUGCACAAUUAAGCUGAGAGUAAAUCCUAAAAAACGGAGAGACAAGGUGUACAUUGGCUGUGGAGCUGGAUUUGGAGGAGAUAGGCCAACUGCAGCUCUUAAAUUGCUUCAGAGGGUUAAAGACCUAAACUAUCUCGUGCUUGAAUGCCUAGCGGAACGCACUCUUGCUGAUCGGCAUCAAGCUAUGUCGUCUGGUGGCGAUGGAUAUGAUUCAAGGAUUGCAGAUUGGAUGAAAUUGCUUCUUCCUUUGGCUGUGAAAAGAAAUAUUUGCAUAAUUACCAACAUGGGUGCAAUGGAUCCCCCUGGGGCUCAGCAAAAUGUUAUAGAAAUAGCAAGCAGUCUGGGGUUGAGUGUUUCGGUUGCAGUUGCUUACGAGGUUUCAGUAAAAGAAUCAGGAAUUAGCACGUAUCUGGGAGCAGCUCCUAUCGUCGAGUGUCUGGAAAAGUACCAUCCAAAUGUCAUAAUUACUUCUCGAGUCGCAGAUGCUGCCCUAUUUAUGGCUCCAAUGGUAUAUGAACUUGGUUGGAACUGGGAUGAUUUUCUACGGUUAUCACAGGGAACACUGGCUGGUCAUCUUCUGGAAUGUGGUUGUCAACUUACAGGGGGAUACUUUAUGCAUCCAGGAGACAAGCAUAGAAGUAUGCCUUUCCAACAGCUUCUGGAUAUAUCACUGCCUUAUGCUGAAAUUGAUUGUGAUGGAAAAGUCUAUGUAGCCAAGGCGGAAGAGACCGGAGGCCUUUUGAAUUUCAGUACAUGUGCCGAGCAACUUCUGUAUGAGAUUGGCGAUCCAUCGGCUUAUAUCACCCCUGAUUUGGUGGUUGACUUGAGCAAUGUUUCGUUUUGCUCGAUCUCCAGCUCCAAGGUUUUUUGUUCUGGAGCGAAACCAUCGAUUCAAGUAGUGCCCGAGAAACUCUUGCAGUUGGCUCCAAAGGACUGUGGAUGGAAAGGAUGGGGGGAGAUAUCCUAUGGGGGACGGGAAUGCGUUCUUCGUGCUAAAGCUGCUGAAUAUCUGGUUCGUUCGUGGAUGGAAGAAGUAUUGAAUGGUGUUAAUCAACAUAUAGUUUCUUAUAUAAUUGGACUUGACAGCCUUAAAGCAUCCAUCAAUAGUAGUAGUGUCGAAGAUAUUCGGUUACGCAUGGAUGGGCUAUUUGAGACGAAAGAGCACGCUCUCCUGUUUGUUAGAGAAUUUACAGCUUUAUACACAAAUGGGCCAGCUGGUGGCGGCGGCAUCAGCACUGGGUACAAGAAAGAAAUUGUGCUUGAAAAACAAUUGGUCGGGCGCGAACACGUUUUCUGGCAAACAGGAGUGAAGUGCACUAAAGCAGUAGAAUUAGACAGUCGACCAACGGAUCUUCGUGAGGAUCCAGCAAAGGCACAAACAUCGCCCCGAGUAUUCGCUUAUGCAGACAACCCUUGUGCAGACUCCUCGCCACCAGAAACUGGCCAUUCUCCUAUUCCCUCUGGCCAGAAGGUUGCUCUUUACAAUGUAGCCCAUAGUAGAGCUGGAGACAAAGGGAAUGACAUGAACUUCUCAGUCAUUCCUCAUUAUCCAUCUGAUAUCGAGCGGUUGAAGAUGAUCAUCACGCCCGAAUGGGUGAAGAGAGUUCUUUCAUCGCUGCAAAAUUCAUCGACAUUUUCUGAUUUGGAUGCAGAUAAGAAGAGAGACGAGUGGAUCGAUGAACACGUGAAGGUCGAAAUAUACGAAGUUAAAGGUAUCCAUUCUUUGAAUGUUGUUGUUCGUAACAUUCUAGAUGGCGGCGUAAACUGCUCUCGGAGAAUCGAUCGCCAUGGGAAGACCAUAUCCGAUCUCGUCUUGAACCAGCAAGUUGUUUUGCCGCCAUAGUUUGGUGGCUCUAACAGAAAAGAGCUAGAAUUUCUGAAGCAGAAGGUUCUUAUAGACAAUAAAUUUACUUGUGCUUCUAAUGUUAAUCAUUCCAUGUAUUCUCAUGUCUCCAACAAUGUUAUAUACAUAUAAUGAAAACAAAGCAUCGCUAUCGUGCCAUC